GCAUCAGUCAACAUGAACAGUCUCUUGAUCGUUUCCCUCCUUGUUCUCGGGGUUUCAAGUCAAAUCGACGAUAACCAACCCGAAUUGCAACGAACAUUCUUCGGAAUUAUCGGAUCAGCCAAAGCAAAGGCAUGCAGCACCAACCUCGAGUGUGGAAACAAAGGUAUUUGUGUAGAUGGAGAAUGCCUUGUCGAUAACGGAUUGGGAGGCUAUUGCUCGACUAGUACACAAUGUCCAACUGGCUAUCAAUGUAUUGAUGGAAAAUGCAAGACUAAACGUCAUUUCCUUGCUCCACCAUGUGUCGCUGAAUGUCCACCAGGAACCAGAUGUAUCAACGGAGUCUGUACUGGCAUUGAUAACAAGUUCUAUUAAGUUCUUUAAUUCAAAAUAAAGUACAUGUUCAACAAA